AUGGCGCCAAUAAAAUCCAACAUUCUUGAAUCCAUUGGAAACACCUCCAUCUUACAGCUUCAUGCUGUGGUUCCUUCAAAUGGAGUUCGCGUCCUCCUAAAAAUUGAAACCACCAACCCAACAGCGAGCAUGAAAGACCGCAUGGCCCUUGCAAUGAUUACGGCUGCUGAAAAUGAUGGCCGUCUAAAACCCGGUGGCUCUGUUGUUGAGUAUACUGGAGGUAGCACUGGCGUAUCGCUGGCUUUGAUCUGCGCCGUGAAGGGCUACCCGCUCCAUAUAGUGACAUCAGACGCCUUUUCGAAAGAAAAGCUGGACCACAUGAGACUCCUUGGUGCUAUCUUGACCGUUAUACCAAGCGACAAUGGCAAGCAAACUGAAAAGCUUACCAAAGACAUGAUCCGGGAGGCCCGUGCCAUAGCUGAAAAGACUGGAGCCUUCAUCACGGCUCAGAUGGACAAUACGGACCAACUUUCGGCUUACACAAAGCUAGCCGAUGAGAUAUAUGAGCAAACAGAGGGCCAAAUCGAUGCUUUCGUGCAGGGCGUUGGAUCAGGCGCGUGUCUUCGGGGCACAUCAGAGCGCUUACGCCAGCUUGACAGCAAAAUCCGCUUUGUCGCAGUCGAGCCCGCUGAAUCGGCUGUUUUAGCAGGUGGCGUGUCUGGAUCCCAUAACAUUGACGGCAUGGGGCCUGGAUAUGUUACGCCAAUGUGGAAAGAUGGGAUUGCAGAUGACUUUCAAGGAGUCUCAACUGCUGAUGCAAGGGCAAUGGCCUUUCGGCUAGCACGCGAAGAAGGCUUGUUCUGUGGUCUUUCGACCGGGGCGAAUGUUACUGCUGCAUUACGUGUGGCAGAAACUCUGAAACCAGGAUCUACCGUUGUCACAAUCAUGUGUGAUUCAGGUAUGAAGUACAUGUCAGGAUACUCUAAACAAUUAUCAUCUAUGUAG